AUGGAAGACCAACGUCAAAUCAUUGAACAACUGAAGAAGACCCUCCAACUCUUAACAGUGGAGGCAGAAACCUCCAAAUCCACAGAAAGUAAAGAAUCCUCCUCCAAGAAGGCUGACGUGUUCACCCCAUUAAUGACCGCCACCACAGCCAAUGAUGAAGUUAACAUCAUGCACACUUAUGAGGAUUGUGCCAAUGAAUUUAUUAACUUCCAAUACGCAAACCCAACUACGUACCACGUGGUGGAACAUUUCGCCAAACUGUUGGAAUCCAAGGGUUUCAAAUAUCUUUGUGAAAAGGGUAAUUGGGACCAUUGUGCUAAUGGAUCCAAGGGCGGUUUGUUUUACACUAUUAGAAACGGUACCAAUUUGGUCGCUUGGGCCAUUGGUGACAAGUGGAAGUACAAGCGUGGUGUUGGAGCCGUUGCAUCUCAUAUUGACUCAUUAACUGUCAAGUUAAAGCCUGCUUCCAUUAAGGAUAGCGUAGAGGGCUACGAAUUAUUAGGGGUCGCACCAUAUGGUGGUACGUUGAAUCAAGCUUGGUUCGAUAGAGAUUUGGGUAUUGCUGGUAGAGUUCUUAUUAGAACUCCAGGUGAAUCUGAAAUUAAGAGUGUCUUGAUCGAUUCCACACCUCAUCCAAUUGGAAGAAUCCCAUCAUUGGCUCCACAUUUCGGAAAACCAGCAGAAGGUCCAUUUGAUAAGGAAGAUCAAGCUGUCCCAGUCAUUGGGUUCGGUUGGGAUGAAGAUUCUGAACCUGCUAAUGAAAACGAAAAGACUUCCCCAUUAUAUGGUAAGCAUCCAAUUCAAUUGUUGAGAUACAUUGCUAAAUUGGCUAACGUCAAAGUUUGUCAACUUUUACAGUUAGAUUUGGAUCUAUUUGACGUACAAAAGGGUACUCUUGGUGGGUUAAACAAGGAAUUCAUCUUUGCUCCUCGUGUCGAUGACAGACUAUGUAGUUUUGCCGCAUUGAUUUGUUUGGCUCAUUAUGCUGAAAACUUUGAUUUGGCCAAUUUGGAUACUUUCAACAUGGUUGCCCUAUUUGACAAUGAAGAAGUUGGAUCCUUAACAAGACAAGGUGCUAGAGGUGGUUUAUUGGAAUCUGUGGUGACUCGUGUAGCUACUGCUCGUAACAAGAAGGAGAGCCCACCUGACAUGCGUACUUUGUUCGCUAACUCCAUUAUUCUUUCUGCUGAUGUCAACCAUCUUUUCAAUCCAAAUUUCAAGGACGUUUACAUGAAGAACCAUUCUCCAAAACCAAAUGUGGGGAUUACUCUGUCAUUGGAUCCAAAUGGGCACAUGGCUACUGAUGCAGUAGGUGUCACAUUUGUAGAAGAAUUAGGUCGUAAGAAUGACGAUAAGAUUCAAUAUUUCCAGAUUAAAAAUAAUUCAAGAUCAGGUGGUACCAUUGGUCCAUUCCUAGCUUCUCAAACUGGUGCUAGAACCAUUGAUUUAGGUAUUGCACAGUUGUCCAUGCACAGUAUUAGAGCUGCCACUGGGACAAGAGAUGUUGGUCUAGGUAUUAAGUUCUUCAGAAAUUUCUUCGAUAAUUGGAGAUCUACUUACGAUAACUUUGCCGAUCUAUAA